GCCUAUUAAUACGCGCCCACCUCCAACCUCUCUCCUCUCCCUUUCUCUCUCUCGCCUCCCAAAUCCCCUCCUCGUCGCCGCCUCCCUCCUGGUUUCCAAGCCCCGUUGGGAGGCUCCCCGGCACCGGCAUUGGGUAUAACCUCGCCGCCUCCGUCCGAAUGCAGGGUCUUCACAUUUAAUGGGCUGGAUGCGGUACAUGCAUGUUUGCAGUGACAAGAACACAUUGAAACGUUGGUUUUUCAUUGACAAGAGGGUUGGUUAAGCAUUUUGGUGCACUAACCUUUUGUAGUCUGUAAUUGGUUUCACAACAAGUCUCUUGGAGUUGUGUCUUGUUGAUGGAUUUGAAGACAGGCCUCAAUUCACCUGUUAUUGCUGACCAUCUCCCUACGUUAGCAUCACCUGCUGCUGUCAUGACUUUCACAACACCUACUAGCUUUCCCUCUCCGGGGCUUUGCUUGAACACUACAAAGAAGAUACCUCUACCUGGUAAGAUUGAAGAAGUUCGUGCUACUGGAUGGCUUGACCUCAUGAAGGCCUCAUCACCUACCCGCAAAAGGCAGACCAAGGAUGCCAUCUGUGAUACUCAAUCUGAUGAUCUUGAUUUGCAAUACCGCAACUGGACGGUGAACUAUCCUUCUGCUUUGACCUCAUUUGAGGAAAUUAGUGAUCUUGCUGGGAAUAAAAGAUUGGCAUUGUUUCUUGAUUAUGAUGGAACACUUUCACCGAUUGUGGACAAUCCUGAAAAUGCAUUAAUGUCUGAUGAGAUGCGUGCUGCAGUGAGGCAUGUGGCAUCACUUUUCCCAACUGCAAUCAUUAGCGGAAGGUCUCGUGAUAAGGUUUUUGACUUUGUCAACCUAAAUGAACUAUACUACGCUGGAAGCCAUGGAAUGGACAUAAUGGGCCCUGUUAGGAAGACUACUGACUCCAAUGGCGUGGAAUGUAUUCGGUCAACUGAUGCGCAUGGUAAAGAAGUCAAUCUGUUCCAACCUGCUAGUGAGUUUUUACCUAUGAUCACUGAGGUGUAUGAAAAACUUGGUGAGAGUGUUAAGGACAUUGAUGGUGCAAGGAUGGAAGACAACAAGUUCUGUGUGUCUGUGCAUUACCGUAAUGUGGCGGAAGAUGACUAUAAAAAGGUUUUCCAUCGUGUAAGUGCUGUUUUGGAAGAUUACCCUUGCCUAAGACUAACCCAUGGGAGAAAGGUUUUUGAGGUCCGUCCUGUUAUUGAUUGGAACAAAGGUAAAGCUGUGGAGUUUUUACUCGAAUCACUUGGGCUCAACGAGAGUGAAGAUGUUCUCCCUAUCUAUGUUGGAGAUGACAGAACAGAUGAAGAUGCAUUCAAAGUUCUGAAGGCAAGCAACCGUGGCUUUGGAAUAUUGGUGUCAUCUAUACCCAAAGAGAGUGACGCCUUCUAUUCCUUGAGGGAUCCAGCUGAGGUGAUGGAAUUUCUGAGAAUGUUGGCAGCAUGGAAGGAGCAGUCCACCUGAUACCAGUUUUGCUGGGUCUGGAGAAGAACCAAGAUUAUAAAUAUUAGCAAGAUAUAUAAUGCUAACCAAAUAAGUCGGCUAUUUGGAGGAGUCAAGCCAAAAUAUUUUUGAUUUGGCAAUUUAUAAGAGGCUACCAUGUUUUGAUACCUUUUCAGUCCCACUUUGUUCUUGUGUUAAAUGGGUUUCUCAAUCAGUUUAAUUCUUUCAUUAUUUAGUUUCCUUUAGUAUAUAUGGAAAUAUUCUUGAAAAGGAAUUUUGUUUCCUGCUAGUGUUUCGCUGUGUCGUGAAUUUUGUAUUCUUCAAGCUGUAAAGGAUCGGUUUUUCGUUUAAACAACAUUUUAGCUGACAAUGGCUCAUGGAAAGUCAAGUUAUGAACAAGGAGCCGCGGAGACCUACAUUGCAGUUGCAGGCAUGUUGCGUGCCUGGGCUUUCUUUUUUAUC